AUGACUGCUGGUUUAAAGAAUGUUAUUGUUGUCGGCGGCUCAUUCGUUGGGCUUGCUGCUGUCAAAGAAAUCGCUGCACUUCUCCCAGUCACUCAUCGAGUCCUGUUGAUAGAGCCGCAUAGCCACUUCCAUCAUCUAUUCGCCUUUCCUCGGUUCGCCAUUGUCCCAGAAUAUGAACACAAAGCCUUCAUUCCUUACAACGGCUUUUUCUCUACUCUACCGAAUAGUGCAAACCACGCCAUAGUGAAUGCCAGAGUAGUCUCUCUGCAAAAGAACCAAAUCACAAUUGACCGACCAUGGCAGGGCUCAACAGAAAUUCCAUUCGACUAUGCCGUUGUCGCAACUGGAACUCGACUUCAGGCUCCGAGUAACAUGCAGCAUGACGACAAGAAGACUUCUGUCAAUUACUUCAAGACAUAUCAGCAGGGUAUCAAGAAUGCCAAGUCGAUCGUCAUUGUUGGUGGUGGAGCGGUGGGCGUGCAAAUGGCUACUGAUCUGGGAGAGGUUUAUCCCGAGAAGAAGGUUACCUUGGUUCACUCGAGAGAUCGACUCAUGCAGCUCUAUCACCCCAAGAUGGAUGCCAUCAUCCGUGACCGACUACAAGAGCUUGGCGUAGACGUCAUCACUGGCACACGUGCCUCUAUCCCUCAAGAAGGCUUCCCAACAGACGGUUCAAAGUUUGAGCUGGAGUUGAAGGACGGCCGCAAGAUACAAACAAACCUCGUCAUCCCAGCAACUGGACAAACCCCCAACAGCCAGUUCCUUCAAAAUCUGCAACCCACUCCUGGACACAAGAUUCUCAAUGAGGCCAACGGCUUUAUCAAAGUCUCACCAACCCUACAGUUCGCUGAUCCAGCUUACUCAAAUCUGUAUGCGUGCGGCGAUAUUGCCGACAGCGGAGCCCACAAAGCAGCACGACCAGGAGCAGCACAAGCACAUGUGGUGGCGCAAAACAUCGCAGCUGUGGUUCAGGAUGGAAAGCCUACGAAUGAGAUUACAGUCGAUCCUCCAGCCAUCCAUCUUUCGCUUGGAUUGACCAAGAAUAUGGUGUUUAGAAAUCCUCCAAAGGGGCAGACUGAGCCGAUAAUUAUGUGGAGAGAUGAUGGCGCGAGGGACAUGAAGAUCGACGGUGUUUGGGAGAGAAGGGGCACGAGAGUUACCCGACCUGAUGAUUACCACCUAUGA